AAGAGACAGACGGACGACGACGGACAUAAAAAAGGGCCGAAUGGCGUCGAUCGCGCUAUGCGACUGAGUUGGAUCGGCGCCGUCUUUCGACUUGCCCCGCGCCACCCCUGAGUAGAAGCCGCCCCCACCCGCCCCCGGAAGCCCCAAGAUGAGUUGUCACUACGCGCGAAAUGCAGGUGCUGUUGCCCCGAAUGUGGCCGCUAACGAUGACCAGCGCAGCGAGCAGAGCAUCGCGUCGGCGCGGGCGUCGGUGAUGGUGUACGAGGACGCUAUCAAGCGUUGGGUGCCGUCGGGCACGUCUUCGGGCCUCAGCAAGGUGCACAUUUACCACCACCAGCUCAACAACAGCUUCCGCGUCGUCGGUCGAAAGCUGCAGGACCUUGAGGUGGUGAUCAACUGUGCCAUCCUCAAAGGGCUUAAGUACAACCAGGCGACCACCACGUUUCACCAAUGGCGAGACAACAAGCAGGUCUACGGACUCAACUUCAGCAGCAAAGAGGACGCGGAGGCCUUUGCCAGGGCUAUGCUUCAUGUGCUGGAUGUUUUGAGUGGCAACAAGCCGCCUCCACUGCCCCCACUGCAGCAACAGGCGCCGCCGUCUGUGCCUCAGCAGCCGAUGUACGCAGGGCAACAGCAGGCGCCGAACGGAUCUUACGAGGAGGACAUGGGCUACAGCCAAAUCAUGGCAACCGCCGCUAGUCUGCAGCAAGACUACUUCGCCCCCGGUCACCCGGCGACGAUCCAAGGCCUCCGCGGCGGAGGCGGCGGUCCACAGGGGGUCGGUCCGCCCCCGCCGGCCGCACAGCCGCAGCUGCCCCAGCAACAACUGCCCCCUAGUUUCUACCACACGUCGCCGCAAGGAUCCAGAACAAUGACCAGAGAAGAUGUUGCCAUCAUCCAGGAACGCAGGAUGUCUAAUCAGCAACAGCACCAGCCGAUGAGCAGUCCAGGUGCUGCCUCGCCAGGAGCGCCUCCGCCUCCGACGCCUCCUGGAGGCCACCAUCGCACGUCUUCAGCACCGCCGGCACCCCAACCGCCUCCAAACGCGCCACAACCACCCCCUGCACCAUCAGGUGGUCCACCAGCACCGCCGCCACCACCAAUGCACUGUGCACCCCCUCCGCCGGGUCCCCCUGGUCCUCCUCCACCACCAGUGAUGGGCAUGGGAGGCGGCCCGCCACCCCCGCCGCCGCCCCCAGGGCCCAAUAUGUCGCGCUCGUCAAGUUCAGACCUGAUGGGCCAGCAGGACAACGGGUCCUUUGCGGCUGCACUUCAACAGGCCAAACUGAAAAGAAAUAGCAAGCAAAAUGCAAGCUGCGAGAACAGUGGCUCGAGUACGUCUAGCAGCGGCAGUAAUUAUGGCACACUAAACCGAGGUGCCAAUAACUCUGGUGGUGGAGGCGGCGGAGGCGGUAUGGCUUCGAUGAUGGACGAAAUGGCCAAGACGCUGGCCAGACGUCGUGCGGCCGCGCAGAACAAAGACUCUUCGGCUCCUUCUCCCUCCGCCAAUCAGGACGGGGAUGAGAAGAAGCAGCCGUGGGAAAAGAAUGGCGCCAAGUUGAAUGGCGGAGGCGAGAGCCCCAAGAUUGGACGCAAGCGUUUUGGCUCCGAGGACGCUGCGGCCGCGACGCCUCCAGGGGCAGCAGGGUCGACACCUAAGGUCAACGGUGGUGCUGCCCCAGACGACCUUGAGGCGUUCAAGCAGGAAAUCUUGCGCGAAAUGCGCAAGGAGAUGCAGAAGCUCAAGACGGAAAUCGUCGAAGCAAUCAAGUGCGAGCUGAACCGACGGUAAUCUCGGCGUGCGGGCGACCAGUGAACCACAAACAAGAGCUACAUGUUCUUUAGACACAAAACACACAUUCCUUCUCUAAUUCAUUCUCCUGAUUUGCUGGGACUUUCCGACGGAACGACUGAACGAUUUUAUUCCAGAAAUUGUGCCUUUAAGUUGACACUCCCUUCCAGAUUUUCUCUCUUUCUCAUCAGCACCGAUUGGGGCAAAGCAAAAGCAAAAGAGUUUUCAUUCUGUAUUAAAAAAAGGGACAAAAUCGUGUAGUUUUUUUCAGCAGCCGACUAGUCAAGAGAGGAAAUUUUACGUUUUUCGUGCUGGCCACGAAGCAGCGUUUCAUUCCCGGCCAUUUUUCGGUUUUUCUAACUAGUUUGCUUUUGCCGUACUGCCAACUUCCCCGGAGUCCCUCUUUAUGAACAAUCUUUGGUGCUCAAAUGCAUUUAUUUUGAAAUUUUCCUCCAAAAAGGUGGUUCGCCCAGAACCAAAAAGCGACGCGCCGAGACGAAAGAGAAAUCGGCCACGCCAGUCAUUCAUUAUAAAAGAAAACUCACUCUUUGAGUUCAUUUGAUAAAAAGAAAAAAAGAAUGAGCCCGACUCACGUGUGAAUUGAUCAUAAGGUCUUUUUGAUAUUUGUAAUCGCAAGAGAGCGGAAAUGUGUAUUCAAUGAAAAAAAAAAGGAUAAACCUAACGCGAUAAUCCCCAAUGACAUGUAAAUGAGUGUAAAUACGAGAAGAAGUGUAUUAUUAUUUAUGUUUCCAGAUAAGCAAACAAUUAGUUGUAUUGUUAAAACUCUUCUAUAUAUUUCUUCUGUUCCGUAACAAUCAGCAGAUUUUAUUAUACGCGCGUAUAAAUUUAUAUUUUUAUUUUUUAAUUCUCCGUUGAGAUAACAUCAAGUGCAAAACUUCUAUACUAUAUAGGUCAUCACAUGGUUAAUACCUAUUUACUUACGCACGAGUAUUAUUUUCUCUCUCUCCUAUGUGCUCAAAAUUUAUAGCGAUUGUUAGACAGGGGGCACAGCAUGUACAAGUACAUACAGGAACUUAUUAAUUAUUCGUUCGAUUGACAGACACUUUACCUUUUAUUAUCCGUUUCUUUUGAUUUAUUUCGCUAAGUGAAAGUGUAGAAGAAAGUAUUCGCGAUCUCAAGUCAGUGUAACAAGUAAUGAAAAAUACCAAGUAAGCAACACAUGAUUACCUCUCUCGUAUGCAGAGUGUAAAAGAAAAAUACGAAGAAACAUUAUGAAUAUUCCAAAGUAUCCCCGAGACCGACUUUUUUAUCAUUUUUUCCCAAUGAGAAUAAUUAUUGCAGUGUAAAACAAUGUUGAUUAAUUAAAUUAUAUACACAAAUGUAGAGCGCAAAAGAGGGAUAGAAGCGCGCGCUUUCGACUCCUUCUUUUCCCGAGACUCUCUUUGGUUAGAAAUUUUUCCAGCUAAAUACUAAAAUACGAUACAUAAAUAAUAAUUAAAAAAAAAAAAAUGAAACGUCAAUUUCGUGACUUGAAGCGGAAGUGGCGGCGGUUUUUUGCCAUCUUAUAACAGCGUUUCCACUUUCGGCACGAAGAAAAGCGUUUCCACGGCCACGACGAUUGAUUGUCCUUUUGCAUUGUAUUUUGAAAUAAACCCUCAAAAUCUAAA